UCGAAACUCUCAUGGAAUCUUUGCCAAUUUUCACUGAAGCUUAAAUGUCUCGAUCAUGCCGUAGCUUGGAUGACAAAGUCCUUGGAUUGGAAAUCUGAGGAGGUGGCCUUAACUCACAGGAUAGGUGUGAUCAACAAAUAACUCGACGGUGGCAUUUUGGAUGACAAAGUCACUGGAGGCCUUAACUCACUGGAUAGGUGGCUGCCACCGGACUCGGUGCCGAUCAUCUACACAGCCAAUGAGAGACAACAAUGAAAAGUUAGCCAGGUAAGCCACCGAGCAAUCAGAACCCGCUGUGUCAGCCAUGGCGACCAGCCACCACCGGCUCGGCGAGUGCGGAGUAGGAGUUGGUGAUCUCAAUCGAAGAUCUUUAGGUAGAUGAACCAUAUUAGGACUCCCUUGGCCUCGUGGAAAAUAUGUCCAGCUGUUGACUAUUUGACUGUUGACCUAACAGCCGUCUUCUUCUUCAUCGUCUCUUCUUCCCCUCUCCUCUGCAGCUCUACCACCAGGCACCCACCCUCCUCACAGAAACCCUAAUCUUCCUCCUCCGUAGCUUUCUGGAUUCCCGCUCUCAGCCACCGCCAUGAAUUCAGCUCUUACUAGUCUCCCUUCUUCCUCCUUUCGUCUCACAACAUCCCCUUUCGCCUCUGCCCCAAAAACCCUAACCUUUCCUUCUCCUUCCUCGAAAGUCAACGCUGUCGUCCCUCCAAAGCUCCGGGAUUUCUCCUCUACAGGCCAAAAAUCCAUCAGGGCUUGUUCAUCUUCAGUCCCCGAAGCUCGUCCUCCUUCCUCUUCCCCGAAAAACCCGAUCCGCCGUGCCAUUGAGAACUCUGCAGCCGCCGCAGUGCUCCUCGCUGCUGCCAUCUCGUUCGCUGGGAAGCUCCCGGCUGCGAGGGCGGAGCCGCCCCCUCCGGCUGCAUUGUCCGAGCAGCAGGCCCUCGAAGAAGAUGAGCGGGCGUCUAAAUCCUCUGCCCUGCCCGAGUUCCUCGAGGCAAAUCCCGACUCCAUUGAGACUCUCAAGCAGCUCCUGCAGACUAAGCUGGAGAAUCGGGAGGACGAGGAAGCUCUCGCGUUGCUGAAACGCCUGGUGGCGGCGCAGCCUGCAGAGAUCGAACGGAAGUUCCUCCUCGCCCGGCUGCACAAUGAGAUGGGGGACACGCAAGCUGCUCGCCAAGUGUUCGAGGAAAUAUUGCAGAUGAACCCCUUGUCCUUUGAGGCAUUGUUCGAGAAUGCGCUGCUGAUGGACCGGUGUGGGGAGGGAGAGGCGGUGCUUAGCCGGCUCGAGGAGGCCCUGAAGGUGGCCGAGGGUGAGAACAGGGCCAAGGAGGCGAGGGACGUGAGGCUGAUAAUGGCCCAGAUGAGGUUUCUGCAGAAGGACGUGGAGGGAGCCUUGAGGAGCUACCAGGACUUGGUCAAAGAAGACCCAACCGACUUUCGUCCUUACUUUUGUCAGGGGAUGGUCUACAGCCUGCUGGAUCGGAACGAGGAGGCAAGGGAGCAGUUUGCCAAGUACAGGGAGCUCUCUCCUAGGAAGUUCGAGGUCGAGGGGUACCUGCGGACCCCACUGUCGAGGAUGAAGUUGUUCGGGACGGAUGAGAGCAAUUGAGGGAUUCCUCGAGUCGGGUUUUUGGUUCCUAUAAGAAUAAUCGGAUCUUGCAGAGGAUAGUUUAGAGUUGGACUAGUCUCUUGCAAGAGGAGGCAGAGUUAGUCGAAUUCCACCGGUAAUCCUGUCUAUUCUUUUUCUAGUAUACUGAUGAUCAUCAGCCUAAUAUGUAGUUCAGUUCAAAGCUUCCGAGGAUAAUUCUGUGUAAUAGCCAUAAUGUAUGUUGAGACAGUGAGAACUUAUCGAAAUGAAGUCGAGUAGACAUUCUUGCUCCA